AUGGCACUCUGUCAGGCGUGGAACGCAUUCGUUGUGAACUUCAACAACGAUGCGAAAGCUUGUAACGAGCGCAUUACUGCGGCUCGCCAGCGCUUCGAGACAGGCGUUCCAUCUGGAACUGCGUGUUCGCACUGCCGGUUCGGGGCAGUGCGCCUUUCAGAACGCGAUGUGCGCGGAUACACGACUGUGCGUGUACCUGCUUCUCUGCGAGAACUCCGUGCUCAACUUGAGGAACGAGAUGCACCCGGUGCCAGUUCUCGCAGUAUUAGUGCAGGCACUAUGCCUGCACUCGGUUCUGCGCCUCGUACGCCCUCACCAUUUGCGGAACGUCCUCCAUCAGGACGUUCCGCGGUUCCCACGUAUCUCGGUGGGGAGGAAAUCCUCCAUAACGAAUACGAAGACGAGCCUGAUCUCGGUUCGUCUUCGGGGCUUCAGAGCCCACUAUCCGCUCGACAAUCCAACGUGCCAGGCCGCGUGCGUCCCCCAGCGGCGGUGGCGGAGAACAAUCCCAGAGCGCGGAGCUUGCGGCUCUGCAACAGGAGCUGCGCGUCUUAA